AAUGUCAAAACGUAUGGUUUAAAAAUGUUGAGAUCCAUUAAUAAUGUCAACAGUGAUUCUCCGGAAGUUGUUAUCGAACUAAACGAAGCGAAUCCGUCCGGUAGUCAGUCACAAAAUAAAGUCAAUGUUAGCAAUAUUGAUUUUGCCUUGGAACGCAAGACUGAAAGAAAUGGUAGAAAUAUAUUAUCGACCACGGGAGAGAAAGACUCAAGCAGCGAGAUUUAUGAAAACAGCGAGACACUUCAUUUGCUGUAUCCAUCUGCAACCAUCAGAUUAUCAAAGAUGUCAUCAGCAACUUUAGAAGAGCAAGCUGAGGCAAUAGUAAAUAAAAUUGAGCGCAAGAAAAAGCUGAUAAAAACUGAUCCAGUAUCGGAACUGUUGAGACUAGAAAUGAUACGGAACAUGCCUCAAAAUUUAACUCUCAAGAGAUCUGUCAAAGCUAGACUAUCCUUGUCUGUCGAUCAAAAUUCAAAGAAAAGACCUAUUGGAUACUGGAAAAAAUUAAAGUACAGAACGUCUAUGAGUAUUUCACAGAUAAAAUCGGCAGUAUACCACGUAGGUUCGUCUCUAGGGCUUUGGCAGCAAGCAAUAAAAGUUAUAGAAGGACAUUUUGGAAGUGGAAUUGCAAGUUACUUCAAACUUUUAAGAUGGUUGUUUAUUAUAAAUGCAAUCGGUUGCGUUUUCAGUAUUUCAUUUAUCACUCUGCCACAAGCAUUAUUACGCUUGCACCAAAAUGAGAAUUUUAGCACAAAGGAUUUAUUCUUAGGAAAUGGCUUCUUUACAAACAGUAUUUUUUAUUACGGAUUUUACACUAACAGCACUUUACUUAUCGACCCUAAGACUGCUUACGACAUGCCAACAGCUUACUUUUCGACGUUUUUAUUUUGUUACAUUUUUACCUUUAUUUUAUUAUGUUUCAAAGUGGCUCAAUCAUACCGCAAGUGUUUUAUUGAGACGUCUAGCGGCGUAUAUAAUCGCUACGCGAAUAAAAUAUUUUGCAGCUGGGACUGGGGAAUAUCCUCGUCCAAAGCUGUGAGUCUUCGAUCUGCUUCGAUUUAUCGUGAACUACAGGAGUUACUUUCGGAGACGAAGAAUGUGUCGGCGCCGGUCUCUUGCUCCAUGAAGUUUUGGACGCUGUUGAUCCGAGUCGCGAUGACGACUCUGAUAUUUACCGUUAUGUGCGGGAUCGUGGUUCUACUCUGGCUACUCUUGGCUGAAUACAAGACCGAUGGAUCUAACGAUUGGUCGGCAUUGCGGGUGCCUCUGGCCAUGACUAUUAUUAUUAAUUUGCUUCCUCCACUGCUCUCUUGGUCGGUAAAAUACGAAAAAUAUUCGCGAGACAGGAUAGCCUUCUACAUAACGAUGCUACGUGCCUUUGCGAUCGCCAUCAUAGCGGUGGCAACAACCCUAACUUUUGAGCUAACUCAAAGUCUGAGCAACGACUGCUGGCAGACGCGACUCGCCCAAGACGUCUACCGACUCAUCGUCCUUGACCUCAUUGCCUCUCUUCUCGUUACCUUCGUGUUCCAAGCCGCACGUUCAGCUCUGCGCGAAUACUUGGGCCCUCCCAGGUUCGACAUGGCUUCCAGCGCCCUCAGCCUCAUCUACAACCAGAGCCUGUUUUGGCUCGUUCACUACUUCAGCCCACCCAUGUCGAUUCUAGUGAUUGUCAAGCUGUUCCUAACUUUUUACGUGAAAAAAUUCGAGCUGCUCCGGUUUUGCGAGCCACCGUCCAGGUACUGGCUAGCUGCUCAAACUCAGACGCUCUUUCUCGCGUUGGUCUUCCUCGGCAUGCUGUGCGCUGUCCUGGUACUCGGCUUUGUCGUCAUUUACGUGGAUACGAGCGCCUGUGGACCAUUCGCCGGGAGAAGCUACACCUGGGAAAUCGUUGUCGAGAAGGUGCUGCGCGUGCGCCGGGACAGCGAGUUUUGGAAUUUCCUUGGAAGCAUCGCAAAUCCAGCUACGGGCGUUGCCAUCCUUGUAGCGAUGUGCGUGGCCGUGUACUAUCUGAGAGCAAAAGCGGAGGCUUCCAGGCAGAUGGUCAACAUUUUACGCGAUAUGCUUGUCUGGCAAGCCAGAGACAAAAAGUUCCUUCUCAAAACGUUCUCCUCGGCCAAUAACGAGAAUUCGCUGAGACACCGUCCUACCUUGAAAGCAACAGCAACAGAUCCCGACAACAUAACCGAUUCGACGCGCGAUCGUACCCACGCGAGCGAAUAAGCCACGAGUUAUUGAGUACACGAAUUUAGCAAAAGUAAAUAAUCAAAUGAAUAAAAGACUGCAGCCGGAACUGUGCCAAAUGCCAGCGAGAUAUAUGAAUUUUAUAUAUAUUUUAUAAAUUUGUACUGCUCACGUAAUAUAUACAU